CAUAGUAUCCCUAUACAGCUGUCAAAUACACUCCCCACAAUGCUGUGAGCGCAGGUCGCAGGCUGGCACUCGUCAACCGCCCAGGGACCAUACAGCUCGUUCUGUAGCUGCGUCGGCAAAAACACGCGACUGUCGGCGAGAUGAAUAUAUUGCCUCAAGAAACUGGUCGUUAUGCUGCGCUGCGGAAGCGCGGGAGUGCUUGGCAGUGCGCCCUCUCAACGCUCUGCUUCAGGCCCACCGCCAGCCUUCAACGUGUUGACAUUGGUAGAACAUCGCCAAGUUCCGGCUCGUCGGUGGCGUUUGAGGCCACGGUGACCAGUGACAACUGCGGCCAUGUGCAGACUGAGGAGCAGGCACAGGAGCAGGCUGGCAAGCUGGACCAGUUCUGCAAGCUAUCUUGCCAGACACGGUCAACUUUCCGCAGCCUGGCGAGCACCCUCAGCGACCACAACUCCCUCAGCAGCACCUGUUGUUCGCCGGUGCCGGGUUCGCUCUACACGACGCUGUCGAGCCUCCGGGUGGGGAGCCCGGCGCCCCCCGGCGCUGCACAGAUGGCGCCGUUCCUGUACACCUCGCCAUCAAGCCAGAGCCCGCCGCCAGAAGCCGCGCCGAAACCCCCCAGUGUCACCCCAGUGGCGCCGGCUGCCGCGCACGGCCUUGCCGCAGCCGCCUCCAAGACACUGGCUGUGUCAGCACGGGUGCCUUCAUCCAUGCGCCGCCCGGUGUGGGCGAUGGCCGACUACCGCGUUUCCCGGAGGCUCUACAAGGGCGACGUCACCGCGGUUUACCAGGCGACCUGCCUCCGCAGCGGCAUGCAGGUGUGCCUCAAAACGUACGACCUGCGCUGCGUGCCCAGCAACACACUGCACAUGAUCCGGCGCGAGAUCGAGAUCCACUCACAGCUGCACCACCGCCACAUCGCCCAGAUGUACGGCGCAUUCCUGGACGGCGUGGAGCGGGUGGUGGCGGUGCAGGAGUUUGGCGCGCGCGGUGACCUGUUCAGCUUCUUCCGGCGGCGCCCCGGCGGCCGCCUGUCGCACCACGUGGCGGGCGUGGCGGUGGUGCGGCCGCUGCUGGAGGCGCUGGCCUACAUGCACGGCGUCGGCAUCUGCCACCGAGAUAUCAAGCCCGAGAAUGUGCUGCUGGGCGAGGGCUGGCGGCUGCUGGUGGCGGACCUGGGUCUGGCCAUCGACCUGCUGCGAGAGCGGGCCGUCACCCGCGCCGGCACACAGGGCUACAUGGCACCCGAGGUGGAGCGCUGCCCGCUCAAGAACGUGGCUGGCGACAACAAGGACCGGGCUGACCUCGCCUACACCACCGCCGCGGACGUGUACGGUGUUGGCAUCCUGGCCUACGAGCUGAUGACCGGACAGCUGCGACCGCCGCAACCAGCACAACCAGCGGCACCGGGCGACAGUGGCGCGGCGUCUGCCUCGGGCGCUGUGUCGCCGCAGCCGCCGGUGCUGGUCUUCCCCGCGUCGGUGCCGGUCUCGGCGCGCGACUUCAUUCGGGCUGCUGUGUCGCCGGACCCCGCGGACCGGCCCACGGCCGUGCAGCUGCUGCAGCAUGUGUGGCUGGCGGAGGCGGCGCAGGAGGCGGGACAGGCGCGGCGGCAGGCGGCGGAGGCGGCGGAGCUGGCCAAGCAGCAGCAGGCGGCUGCAGCUGGGGCGGCGGCGGCGGCUGUUGCCGCCAGUGGUACGGUUGGUGUCAUGGCAGCCGCCGUGGGCCCCGAGCCGGCGCUGUCAGCCCGAUCGCCAGUGCAGGGGCUGGAGGCGCCGCUUGCCACCCCCUCCACCGAACCGCCUGUUUAGUUUGUAUUGGGGUGCGUAAUGCGGUGCGAACAUUACGACGUUAGCUGAGUACGGCGAUUGCACCGCAGUACCACGGCAGCGAGUUGAGCUCUGGCAGUCUGGAGGCUGCCAGUGGUGGUCAUCAACGCACCCGUGUUUGUUACUGGCGGCCUGCACGGGGUGCCGCGGGGGCCCGAAGCCGCCGUACAUGCCAGCUGGCAGCACACAGGUGCAUCGGCCUGCCUGUGCCACGUGCGUAUGCGGCGGCACGCACGUGAUGAAGGCUGCUGGCAACCCCUGGAUGCCGGACCGCUGGUCGCCGACAAUACUGCACAAUACAUCACUCUUGUGGCACCUGCCUAAAUUUAUGACGUACGUCUGAUCCUCUAGGGUCCCAUGUUGCCCUGCCCCUCAAGGCACCUGAUUUCCGCGUUAAUUGUUUGAUUGAUGCUGGUGGCCCAUCGGACUAUUAACACAUACUCCCUUGCCGUACAGGCAGGGAGGGAGGGCUCUUUGCUGCGCGACGCUUUGAUGUGGGCUGUUACAACCGAGAAUUGAAGACUGGUCCCCCAGUCAGCGUAUUGCUGCCUGGGUGGUCUGGAAGAUGGAAGAGGCUGUUGGAGGCACCCAAAAGGCGCCAGGAAAGCUGGUAGCGCGCUCAUUGAAGACCUCAAAUAAAGUAUUGUCAUAACUUGGGCUUUGUUGGGUUUUGUGAGAUUGGUGCUUGACUUAGACAUUGUACCGAAAGAGCAGGACUGCGGGAUGUGCACAAUGGCGGCACACGGCAGGUCCGCCUGCGUGUGUGUCCAUGGUAUUGGUCGUGAGCAGGUAGCUUGCUGAGACUGCUUCCGCGUAUGCUCCAAUCGCCGAGCUGCGUUCGUUCCAUUUGAUGUGGUGGGCCAUGUGGGUGUGAGCCGCUGUGGAGCACAUGGCAGAUGCAUUGCUGACCCUGGGCCAGCGGGCGAGCGCGCACGGGUGUAUUCGAUGGAUGGCGGUUGAGCCGCCCCAGCGCUGGUGAGGGUGUGUGGACGGUGCGGCGGCGGCUCCUGGGCGGUGCUUUCAGGCGGCCUCCCCGGACAUUGAAGAAUAGGCAAGCAAGCAUUGGCCAUGGCUUCGAUUGCAAGGUUUUGCGUAUCUAAGGAGGACAAGCCAUCACAGAAGCAGACACAUGUCAGACCUUCGUCUUGUAUUUGUUUGGGGACGUCAGUGGUGGCCCUGAGAUUCAUGUUGCUUUGACCCGCACCGGGCCGGGUACAUGUUAACUGUGCUUGUGUAUGGCGUGUCCUUGUAUGUUCUUAUCUCACGUAUAGCUGCCUCACGGCCGUGCGGCUAUGGCCGCGCCGUAGGCAGUUGCCUGAUGCGGCUUCGUAAUUGCUCCUUGCCGCGGCAUCUCUGUAUGGUCUUGACAAGCUUCUUAGCACUGAAAGUCAAUGCAGGGGGUGCCAUUCUGCCUUGUGCGACGACUUUGGCAAAUGCUUGUGAGCCUUACAUCAGCAGCAAGAGCUCGCUCGAAGUUUCCCAACCUUACUUGGCGUUCUAGUUGCAAUGACUGCACGGCCACUGUGUGCCACAUGGGCCACAUGGGCCGAGGCUCCUGUGGCUGCGCCGGCGGGUUGGCUGUAUGAUGUUUAGGCAUGUUAGGUUAUGGCACUGCAGUGUCUCACAGUAUUGGCCCCUGCAUAGAGGGCUGCAGGCUGCGGUCCUGUGGGUAUGGUUUUGUUGGUUCAGCGACAGGGUCGCAAUGGCCGUGGGUAUGUCCUGCUCGCUUUGGGCGCCCGCCGUUUUGCAGUUGUACUACUGCGACCUGCUGUCUGCGUGUGCGUGUGUGUGUGCGUGUGUGUGUUUUUGUGUGUGUGUGUGUGUUGUGUGUGUGUGUGUGUGUGUGUGCCAUGCGUGCACGGUUGGACGUAACUGCAGCGCGGGCGCAUCUACCGCUGUGUUACGUGCCGCAUCAGGCGGGCGGCGCUCAGUUUGGGCCGCUGGAGAGGCGCUUGACACCCGGCCGGUGCGUGGGAGUCCUGACACGGGCAUGCGGAGUGAGCACCUGGGUACCCGGCGCAGCAGGUGUUAUGAAGGCCCCGCCGCCGCUGUGGCUUUGACGGUGCACACGAUGGUGCUGGGCCUACCGGGCCAGGGGUGCGUGGUGUGUGGCGGGCAGCUUCAAGGUUUGCACUCCCACUUGCACCCCCCAGCUUGUUGUGCAGCUGCACUGCCGGGCCCAGGUGAAGAGGAUGGCGGUGAGGAACCUCGUUCUCGUGUCCCUUUGUAACUCACACAUGAGUUACGCCAGGUGUGAAAGUAUUUACAGUGCCCUCCACGGGUGCGACAUGACCCCACGGUAUUAGGGCCAUCACGCACGGACAGGGGUGUUCCUGUGGGGCUUCGGCCCCCCCUCUGAAUCGCUGCGCUCGGGGUGCUCAGCCCCAAAACAGGCAACAAAGAGCAGCAAGGCGCAUUCUUAACCAACGUCGCAGGGGGCAUGGAACCGGACGUCCAGACAGCAACCGACAACUGGUCGCUCUUUCAGCAGGAACACUCGCGGCCGGUUGCGGUCCACUGUCCACGUCCGCAUGCUUGGGC